AUGGGAGAAGCAUGGCGAAACAUCGAAGAGGGCCAACAACGAUUUUCUCAACACAACUAUCCGUUCAACAAUCCAUGUUCAGACGAAUUUCAAGGGCCAUAUCCAUUCAGUGAACCUGAAUCAAGAGCUGUCCGGGACUUUGUGCUAUCCAAGGAAAUCUAUGGACGUCUACAUGCUCUUGUCUCUAUGCAUACCCAUGGUCAGUUAUGGAUUCUACCGUACAACCACCACAAACGAACCUACCCUGAAGACUUCAAAGAGCUCGAACUUCUCGCCACAAAAGCAGCCGCAAAAGUCUAUUCAUAUCGAGAGACCAAGUACCGAAUAGGUACAGCCGCGGAUAUGCUCGGCACGGCAACAGGCGGUGCAACUGAUUGGAUCAAAAAGAACACACCCACGAAAUAUGUCUACGUAUUGGAGCUGCCACCAGAUAUGUCCACCUGGUUCGCUUUCCAAAUCAAACCACACUGGCUGAUUCCAAUUGGUAAAGAGACGUGGAUGGGAAUAAAGGUGAAUUCUACGGACUGUUUGAAAUCUGAGUCUGAGCGGGAAGGCUAA